AUGCAUCCUUUUACAGACUCAGAGGCAUUUCACUACAAACUUAAUGAACAACAGAUUCAAUUAAAUCAAACCAUUGAAGAUGUUUCAAGUCUGAAUCGUUCACACCAACAAUUGAAUAUAUUGGCGAUACAAAAACUUUUCCCGAAGGAUUUGCAAAAUGCAAAACGUAGCUAUGCAAAAAGUCAAAACACCACCGGUGGAGUCUUUAAAAUAUAUCCGGAUCAGGAGUCAAACCUGUUCGAAGUUUACUGCGAUCUCGAGACCGAUGGAGGCGGGUGGAUCGUCUUUCAAAGGCGAAUGGAUGGAACAGAAGAUUUUUACAGAGGGUGGGACGACUAUGUCAAAGGAUUCGGAGAAAAAGAUAAAGAAAUGUGGUUAGGCUUGGAAACAAUCCAUCAGCUGACUAAAAACGGAAGUUACGAACUAAGAGUCGAUUUGGAAGAUUUUGAUGGAAACACUUCUUAUGCUAAAUUUGGCACGUUUUCUAUCGCAUCUGCAAGCGAUAACUAUCGGUUGAUAGUUGGAGAGUAUAAUGGAACAGCUGGAGAUUCAUUGACGCCUCAUACCAAUAUGCAGUUUUCCACAAAAGAUUCUGAUAAUGAUAGAUGGUGCUGUUCCGGAAGCUGCGCACAGAUGUACAAAGGAGCCUGGUGGUACAGAACUUGCUAUUACUCAAAUCUGAACGGCAUCUAUUACCAGAAUGGGGACAGAUCGGUUACUUGGAAUAGCUUCAAGAAUGGUAAAUCCCUGAAGUUCACGGAGAUGAAGUUCAGGGAGAAAACGUAA